UCGUGCCCACCGACACGUUCCCCUCUCUCUCGCGCGACGCCGCCCACCACUCGCUCCCCUCCACUCGUCUCUCUCUCGCGCGCGACAUGCCCUCUCUCUCUCCCUCUCGCCGGCAUCUUGCUCCGCACCGCCGCCUAGCUCACCGCUCCCCACGCGCCGCCGCCUAGCUUACCGCUCCCCACGCGCCGCCCUCUCCUACUCCGGCAACGCGGUGCUGGGCGAGGAGUAGAUGCAGAAAGCUGCCAUUUUUAUGCGCCGGCAACACGCUGCUGGGCGAGGAGGACGUGCGCACUGGCGCUAGAUCUGAGUGCGCCGGCAGUCGAUCUGCUUUGAGGCUUGAAGGAGGCGCUGAACCGGCCCGGGCGUGAAGACGGCGGCGUGGGGAGCUGGAGCACGAGCGGGAGGAGCUGGAGCCGCAUCUGGAUGUCGCCGUGAUGAUGAGCCGCAUCUGGACGUCGUCGUAGAUGGCCAGGGCUUUAAUCUGGAGCUCAUUUAACUUGGCCAGGGCUUAAAUCUGGAGCUCCAUGGCGUUCCACAAGCGCGGCGGCCAGGCAAUACUCCACUUGUACUGCAUCAAGGAAUGAGUACUUCAAACGCUGGUAGCAUCAGCAGCACCAAAGGGUAGCUUCAGGUUCUCUCCUGGCCAUGGAGCCAUGGGCUGUGAAUAUUAAGCACGAAACAGGGGUCUCCUUUCCUCUUAAGCAGAGCAGCAGCUCCGGUUGAGGAGAUGAACCUGGGCCGCAGCCGAGCCCAGCAGCAGGUCGAGGAAGAGCCUCCACCUGGGCAUGCACGGGCCAGGAGGAGCUCCUGGACGUGGGAGAGGAGGAGCGCCUGGGCUGGAGGUGGAGGCGCCUGGACCUGGGCGCAGUCGCCGGAUGUGGGAGCGCCUGGACCUGAGCGCAGUCGCCGGAUGUGGGGGUCCCUGGACCUGGGCGCAGUCGCCGGAUGUGGGGGUCCCUGGACCUGGGCGCAGUCGCCGGAUGUGGGGGCGCCUGGACCUGGGCGCAGUCGCCGGAGGUGGGGGCGCCUGGGACCUGGGCACAGUCGCCGGAUGUGGGAGGAGGUGGCGAUGGAGGGCGGAGGUGGGGGUGGAGGGCGAGGGCGGAGGUGGGCGUGGAGCUGGAGGGCUGAAGGUAGAAGACGACGCAGGCUUCAAAUUCAAAUUGGGGGUAGUAUGGUCCUUUUGCACGAUUUCACCUGGUCGGAACAAGGUCGCCAGCGACCUACAUUUCGGAACGGAGGGAGUAGUUGUUAAUGGUGCGAGAUUGCUGUCUAGCUCUCUCUUCUUGCUCUGCAGUCUGCACUCUGCACGGAGCUCAAGAAAUAGCAAAGGUGGCUAGUGUGGUGAUCAAUGGCUGCUCCUUCCGGUCCCGGUCAGGAACCAUCGGCGGGGAAGCAGUUCAGCUACCAGCUCGCCGCUGCUGUGAGGAGCAUCAACUGGACGUAUGCCAUUUUCUGGUCCAUCUCCACGAGCCCAGCGGGAGUUCUGGCGUGGAAGGAAGGAUUCUACAAUGGCGAGAUAAAGACGAGAAAGAUCACCAGCUCAACCAGCAACCUCGUCCUGUAGAGGCAGAGAAGCCAGCAACUGAGGGAGCUCUACGAGUCGCUCUUGUCCGGCGGCAACUCCGACCGCCGGGCAAUGCGUCCGGUCGCCUCGCUCUCGCCGGAGGAUCUCGGUGACGCUGAGUGGUACUACACCAUAAGCAUGAGUUACACCUUCCGGCCUGGCCAAGGGUUUUGGAGGACUCGGACAUGGUGCAUCAGAUCGGCACAUCUUUCUGGGAGCUUCACUUACCGUCGUUCUCGGCAUGCCUGGAGUCAGAGGAGCCAAGCUCCAACCCAUCAUUAGCAAACGAAACCAGCGAGGCUGGCAUCAUGUUGAAAGAUCUCGAUCACAACGCCAUUGAGGGGAUGAUCUCUGAGCUAAGGGAGGUCGAGUGCCUCUCUGACGUCAACCUUGAGCGCGUCACAAAGGAUAUGGAUGAGUUCCACUUCCUCCUCGAGGAGCUGGACAGGUGUGCUCGCGAGGACAACUGGGUCAUGGACAUGUCCUUUGAGUUCAUUUCUUCCCCGCAAAUGGUGCCGUCUAUGGAGUCCCCAUGCACGGAAGAUGUGAUCGUCACUUUAAGUAGCUCCGUUCAAGGUACUCGACCAUCCUGUUUUAUAGCCUGGAGGAGGUCACCGGAGUUGAAAGAUAUGGUUGCGCGGGUCACCGACACCAAGGAGUCACAGAAGUUGCUAAAGAAAAUUGUGGCUGGCGGUGCAUGGACGAACAAUGGUGAUGGUGGCAGUAUUGCGAGAGCUCAGGAAAGUAACAUCAAGACCCAUGUCAUAUCAGAGAGAAGGCGUCGCGAGAGGCUCAACGAGAUGUUCAUGGUUCUCAAGUCACUGGUCCCAUCCAUUCACAAGGUGGACAAAGCAUCAAUCCUCCUAGAAACGAUAGCUUAUCUCAAGGAGCUGGAGCAAAGGGUAAAAGAGCUAGAAUCCAACAGGGCAACAAUAGAAUGGAGGCUCCAUGAUGUCGUAGGCGGGAAGAAGAAUGUCUCAGCUGGAUCCAAGAGGAAGGCAUUGGAGAGGGAGCAUAAUGAUGGCCAGAGCAACAUUGUCAAUGUGGCCGAGAUGUAGGGAUUAUCUGUGUCCUACAACUAUUUAAUCCCAUUUGGAAAUAGUUAUUCACCAUGUAUGGAAUUAUUGUUGAUGGAGCUAUAACUUGAGUAAUCUAUACAUACUCAUGGUGUACUUGAGUAAAUACUUAAUGAAGAUUAUUGGAAUACGGUAUCAAAGAAUAUACAGGAAAGAUCACC